GGUUGGUGUCCGCACAAUUGUGAUAUUUAUCUGUGCUGGCCAAGCACUCCACCUGGUACUAAUGUCACACAGUUCUGUCCCAAAAUGGAAGGUGUUGUUAAAGGAAGCAUUGCAUACAGAUACUGCUUCGUUGGAGGAACGUGGGAAACGAAAAAUUCUUCAAAUUUGACGUACACACAUUACGAAAAUUGCCUGUUAUCCCAAUUACAAGAUUUACUUAAAAUGUGUGACGAAUUUGGACAAACAACGUGUAAAGAGGUUGCUAGAAUCACAAGAACUAUAGAAAUGGUUGGAUUAUCAUUCUCCUUAGUUUCUCUAAUUAUAUCAUUAUACAUAUUUUUUACAUAUCGAGUUCUCAAGAAUAAUAGAACAAAAAUACAUAAAAACCUAUUUAUAGCUACAUUAUUACAAGUGAUAUUUAGGUUAGUGAAAUAUAUUGACCAAGAGUUCGAACCAAGUAAAAAAUUUUUAAACACGGGGUACUUACUUCAAAUUAACAUAGCUCUAUUAGAGUAUGCCAAAACGGCCAUGUUUCUAUGGAUGUUUAUCGAAGGUCUUUAUCUACAUAACAUGAUAACUGUGACAGUUUUUCAAGAAUACAAUUAUAUCAAAAUAUACUGUUACGUCGGUUGGAUACUGCCGGGGUUAAUGACAGCAGGAUGGCUGAUCGCCAUGCUUGUUAAAGAAAUGACUUGGGAAUAUUACUAUUUUCUGGACUACUACUGGAUCCUUGAAGGGCCUCGAUCGGCAGUUAUUGUUAUAAAUCUUAUGUUUCUUCUAAAUAUCAUCAGAGUUUUAGUAGUAAAAUUAAGGGAAAGUCACACCAGUGAGAUAGAACAAGUAAGGAAAGCUGUUCGAGCUGCCAUUUUUUUAUUACCACUUAUGGGAAUAUCGCACAUAUUAUUUUUCCAUUAUAAAUUUAACGAAGCUUGGAAAUUUGCAGCGUGGCUCUUUUCAUCUUAUUUCUUGGGAACGUUUCAAGGAUUCUUCGUUGCUGUUUUGUACUGUUUCCUCAACGGAGAAGUACAAACUGCGAUCAAAAAUAGCUUCUACCUUCGUAUGUCACUCCGAAAUAACGAGUACACUCCUUGUAGGAAUUUCGCAUUAAUUUCAAUUGCCCCAGAUAACAGAACUCUGCAAAAUGGUGAAACAACCAAAUGGGUAUUUUGCUGUAAGUACAAAAGGCCAUCUAUAGAAGAGACUGAAAUAAACUUACGUAAUUUGCACCGGAGACGGGAUACUACGACCAUUAUUACGGAAUUGACUCUGUUAGGGGCAAACACUGUAAAAAGUUCUUCCAGGGAAAAUUGGGUUUCUAAGAACACCGUGGAAGAAACGGAUAUGUCUCUCAUCCAAGGACCAUUGAACGAAAACGAUUAAUUGUAAUUAUUAAUUUAGAAACAAUAUUUUGUAUUUGGUCCUAUUUUUAAUGCAUUCAUAUCAACAGUAACGUGAUAAUUUUUUUUUCUAAAUAAGACCACGCCAGAUCCAUCUGGGUCGCAUAGGAACCUAAGGGCUUGUAUACCUAAGGGGUUGCGAGAUAGCCUUCCAUCUAUUUUUAUUCGAAAUUUUAGUCGCCAAGUUUGCCAAUUUACGAAAAAUGUUUAAGCAGUUUUAUUAAAAAUAAUAUUUUUAUUGAGUUCGAGUUCGACAUAAAAUAUUUAAAUUUAUUCUAUUAUUCACUAUUUUACGUGUUGUAGAUAGAGCACAUGGUAAGUCGCAACCUCUUAGAUGUGCCAACCCUUCCCAUAACGGCCAUUUUGUUGGGAAAGCCUAAUACAAACUUUUCUUAAAAAGAAGAAAUUUAAACUUGUUUCAUGACCUACUUUAAAAACAUUUAUUUAAAUCACUUCAUAUAUUUAACUCAAAUAUCAUUACUAAUAAAG